CAGUCGCACCGAGGCAGAGCAGCUCACUCGCUCGCUCCUACAAUGCUUUGAAGGCACUUGCAGCUCAUCUUCGGUGAUUGGGAGAGCUGAGGGGAGAGAAAGGGACAACCUCGUCUCCUCAAACACCGAGCGAGGUUGUGGCCAAAGGAGGCAGAAAGAGGCUGAAGAAAGAGAGCCACAAGAAGAGGAGGUGACGGCGGCGGAGUUUUAAAAGCAAGACCUCAAAGCGGCUCGGACCUCCGAGGAGGACGAGUGCUUUUCGUCGCCUGCUUUUCGUUCUAGAAAGUAACUGAUCUGCAGCCGCAUUCGUCAUGUCAUCGUCCGGUAAAGACAACAGCGGAGCCCCGCAUGCCAAUUACGUUGGACCGUACCGUUUGGAGAAGACGCUGGGCAAAGGACAGACAGGAUUGGUCAAGCUUGGAGUUCACUGUGUUACAUGCCAGAAAGUCGCCAUAAAGAUCGUCAAUCGCGAGAAACUCAGCGAGUCAGUACUAAUGAAGGUGGAGCGGGAAAUAGCCAUUCUGAAGCUCAUCGAACACCCGCAUGUUUUAAAGCUACAUGACGUCUAUGAAAAUAAAAAGUACUUGUACCUUGUACUAGAACAUGUGUCCGGUGGAGAACUCUUUGACUAUUUAGUGAAGAAAGGCAGACUAACGCCUAAAGAGGCCAGAAAGUUCUUCAGACAGAUCAUGUCUGCGCUGGAUUUUUGCCACAGUCAUUCCAUAUGCCACAGGGAUCUGAAGCCAGAGAACCUGUUGCUCGAUGAAAAGAAUAACAUCAGGAUAGCAGAUUUUGGUAUGGCUUCUCUUCAGGUUGGAGACAGUCUUUUGGAAACCAGCUGCGGCUCUCCACACUACGCAUGUCCAGAGGUCAUCAGGGGGGAGAAGUAUGAUGGGAGGAAAGCGGACGUCUGGAGCUGUGGGGUCAUUCUUUUUGCCCUAUUGGUGGGAGCAUUGCCAUUUGAUGACGACAACCUGAGGAAUCUGCUGGAGAAAGUGAAGUUAGGAGUGUUCCACAUGCCCCACUUUAUCCCUCCAGACUGUCAGAACCUCCUGCGGGGCAUGAUCGAAGUGGAUGCCUCCAAAAGACUAACGCUAGAACAGAUCCAGAAGCACACAUGGUACAUAGGGGGUAAGAACGAGCCCGAGCCUGAGCAGCCUGUGCCGCGGAAGGUGACCAUACGCAGUCUCCCGUCUGCAGACGACAUCGACCCCGACGUCCUGGACAGUAUGCACUCUCUGGGCUGCUUCAGAGACAAGAACAAACUGCUAAAAGACCUCCUCUCGGAUGAUGACAACCAAGAAAAGAUGAUCUACUUCCUGUUAUUGGACCGUAAAGAGAGGUACCCCAGUCAAGAGGACCAGAACCUUCCCCCUCGCAAUGAGAUUGAUCCUCCUAAGAAACGUGUCGACUCGCCAAUGUUGAACCGACACGGCAAACGACGACCAGAGAGGAAGUCCAUGGAGGUCCUCAGUGUCACAGACGGCGGUUCACCAGUGCCGGCCAGGAGGGCCAUCGACAUGACACAGCAUGGUCAACGGUCGCGGUCUAUUAGCGGAGCCUCCUCAGGCCUCACCACCAGCCCGCUCAGCAGCCCACGGGUCACCCCUCACCCUUCCCCUCGAGGCAGUCCCCUACCCACCCCAAAGGGCACCCCGGUGCACACGCCCAAGGACAGCCCAGCCGGGACUCCCACCCCAACCCCACCUCCCAGCCCCUCCAUUGGCGGCAUGCCAUGGAGGACUCGCCUCAAUUCCAUCAAGAACAGUUUCCUGGGCUCACCACGCUUCCAUCGCAGGAAACUCCAAGGUCUGUUUCCCACACAAGAAGAGAUGUCCAGCCUCACUCCAGAGUCUUCCCCAGAACUUGCCAAAAAAUCCUGGUUUGGUAACUUCAUCAACUUGGAAAAAGAGGAGCAGAUCUUCAUUGUCAUCAGGGAUAAGCCUCUCAGCUCCAUCAAGGCCGAUAUCGUUCAAGCAUUUCUCUCGAUCCCAAGCCUGAGCCACAGCGUCAUUUCACAGACUAGUUUCCGAGCAGAAUACAAGUCCACGGCUGGCCCGACAGUCUUCCAGAAGCCGGUCAAAUUCCAGGUGGAUAUCACCUACACGGAGAGCACAGCUGCCACCAAGGAGAAUGGCAUCUACUCCGUCACCUUCACCCUGCUCUCAGGACCCAGUCGGCGCUUCAAGCGGGUAGUGGAGACAAUUCAGAGCCAGUUGUUAAGCACACAUGACCAGCCUGGAGUCCAGCAGCUAUCUGACGAGAAGAACGGCCAGGUGCCAUCUAAGCGCUGCCCGUCGCCCGCGCACGCCCGCAGGCAAGAGCAGGAAAACAAUGCCGCCAAAUGCCCGCUCGUGAAGUUGAUGCUACAAGAGGAGUCGAUAGAUCCGAACUAGAUAGGAAAACCAUCACCAUCAUCUCAUCCCUCCUCCUCAUCAUCUCGCGCCCUUUCUUCGUGCUGCUAAAGCGUGUGUGCUAAUCUCACUUGUCUCUCAUCCCAGGACUUAUCCAGAAAACCUAUUAAGUCCCGCCCCCAUCCCUCCCCACUGACCCGCCAACAUCCCCCUGCCCCUACCGGUGCGCAUGAAGAACUGCUUUGGAGAGGUUUGGGUGACCGUGGAAAUCGACCUUUCAUGCAGACUUGUACCUUCAUCUCUCCCAUCCCGGUGUGCCCUGACAGUAGAAGUAGAGGACAAUUCCUUUGGUGUUCCCAAACCCCCUGGCCCCUCCAUACACUCUGGGCACGCUUGCCUCAGAAAACAAGCAUUUUGCUAAGAGACUCACCUUGCAAACCAGCACAUUUCCAGUAUGCACACUAAACUCUGGGAUGUAUGACCAAGAAGAAGAAGACACAAGCAGGAGGCGGAGGAGAGUCGACAUGGAUGCUCGCUGGAUUGUAUUUUUUAUUUUUUUCCUUUAAUGUGCUUUCUUUGAGAUGAACUACGUCUAAAAUUCUGACUUGACCUGAACUACCACUACUGCUGCAAAUGAAUUGGAACUGUGAUUUCAGCGAGAAGUUGGGAGGGUCAUAACAGUGUGGACGGACGGAUGGUUAUCUGAAAAUGAAUGCUUUAUUCUCUUGUACAGACUGCUGUCAUUUCUGAUGUAGUCAAAGAGUUGUCUCGUUGUGACACAUUGUUUUGGUAGCCUAUAGGAUAAAUCAUCGGUGUACUUUUGGUCACAUGAUCAUUUUUGUCUAUCAUGUUCUCUGCAGCACUUUGGUCUUCAGUUCUCCAUUCAGACCUCUCUCUCACGUACUUACCAGCAGUAGAAAAAAAAAAGAAACA